UCGCUGUGUCGCGUAUGCUCCACCUGGUCUCCGGUUUGGCUGUAACUGUGGCGACCACAAAAUCACCAAGACGUGAUGCUUCCGUGAACGUAUGGGUGCCAUUUGCAAACGGCACUGAGGGGUUUAUCAAAGAUUUGAAGCUCGUUAAUCCAAUCCAGGCCCAAGAGAUCAGGGCCUGCAUAGUUCGUGAGGUAGCAUGCAGCACUGAGUUCAAUCCUCUUGAACCUUGCAGAACAAUUCAGCUUCCCGGCCAGUUUGAGGCUUCCACCAGUUGCACUACGAACGGUGCACUUUGUGGGUUCCACUGCUGGCCUUCCAAUCACACCCCAGAUUACGGCUAUAGCUUUACCCGGCGAUUCACCAUGCUUGGCCCCUAUCCGCAACAACCCAUACCAAUAGAGGCACUCCCAGAGUAUGAUGUUCAGGAAAUAUUGCUCGAUGGAAGAGAACUUUUGGAAAAACCACCUACUCCGGCAGAACAUUUCCAAAAGAUUGUGAAUCGAAUCGACUUCACGAAGUCUUACGAUGGUAGCUGCCGAUCCGAUGUUACUGAGUCCAGUGGCAAGUCUGCUGCCCGUGGUUCCCUCAAAAUGUGGAACGUCGUUCGUGAAACCUCCAGGAUGGCACUUACUGAGAUCAAUGCCUUAGUAGAUAUUCUUGCCGUUCUCAAAGAGGAAAAGUAUUUGUCUGUUUUCCCUGUUGCGACAGACCCACCGGAUUUAAACCCUGCUAUCUUCCUUGUCGGCAAAAAACAGGCCCUUGCAGCCGCUUCAGAGAUUCUACUCAAAGGCACCGAACGCUUGCGAAGAAGACAUGCUGAAGUAGCGGAUGCUCGGUCGCGUACCACAAGCAGUGCAAACAAUUCUUCUGAUCGAAGCAAGACGGCGUCCACACUAGAAUCGUUUCACAAAACCUUGAUGCAGUUGAGACAAGAGUGGCGACUUAAGCUGCACCAAAACACAAUCAUUGGAGAUGUGAGUUUGCGCGCCAUCGGAUCGCGUUUUCGAGAAUCUGGUAAUUUUGAAGUACGUGAGUCCGAUAUGGUUGCGCUCCAAAAGUCGAACAACAGCGGCACGAAUGAUAUGGAAGUUUCUGGUAGCGUGGAGGUUGUUUUUUCACGGUCUGUCGAAGCCCUGCUUAACAAUACUGUUGGGUCUGGCCUGCUUACUGUUGAAAUACACGAGACCGGCACUGAUUCCGGACCAGUUCACCUAUGGGACUGUGUCUUCAACGCGAAUUCCGGGACUUCGUCAGAACUCACCACGCGUAGCUCGUCAGCUGAAAAGCUGAGUCAGCGUGAACGACUCUUGAGAACACAACGGCUGCUGGCGUGCCGAGAGAUUCUUCACACACUUUCCUUUGAGGCCUUCAGUUCCAAAAGUCGCUUGUGUGAUUCAAGUUGUUUUGCUACACAGGAUAGAGUCAUUGCGAAUCUUCUCCCCGGCGUCCAACUGACUAUCAGUCUUGAGACAAGACCACCGCCAAGUGAUUCACUCGAAAUCGAACUGGAGGAGUCAAAGCCACUGUUGACUACCAAACCCACGUCAUCCUCAAAGUCAGAUGGCAACAAUCGCGUUCACGUAGCCUUGACGUUGAGCUUACAGCUGAACCGUCUUCUGGCGGCGCAACACCGCGUGGUUUGGCCCAAUCUAGCCAGUCUGCCAACUUCUGCCUGUGGAGCUGUCCAGAUCCCGGCGAGAAAUCGAGCUGCCGGAGCCCACGCGUUGCAUGCAUCGCACUUCAAUCCGUCUGGAUCCGAUGUUUCUGCCUUCUCUAUAGCAGUUGCCAGUGUUGCUGGCUUUGCUGGCCCUGCCACUGCAGCUUGGUCAACCCAUAAUAUUGUUCAUCGGUCAACUACCGGUCCUGGUGACCGGUCAGAUCCUACAGUAAUGGCUACCCAGCGCCUGCCUUCGGCGUCCAUAACGCAGGAUCGUUUGGCACUUUUCACAGAAUGGGGGACGCUCCAGACUUGCAGUGGUAUGUCCUCGUCCGCUAUCCAACAAUCUACAGUGGGACCAGCAGGUUCCCAGAUCCCAUACGACGAUUCGGUUUACGGUACGUCUAAGGUGGCAUCCGUGGAACAUCUACUUCAUCGGAAGAAAGCGGAUGAUGGAGCCAUUCAAAGUGUCUUGGGAUCCACCUCAUCCCUUUUGGACCGAAUUGUCGCCAUAAGCAGACAUUAUUUCUUGCGGAACAGGGUUUUCGACUUGCUCGUUGACUUUGUUCAAAACUCUCCAAUCCGCGUCAUUGUUCAUUGGGAUGGUCUAAAUACUGCUCUGGUUACCUCGGCUCGAAUAUGUUUCUAUGCCGUCAAUUACGACGCGUAUCGCUCCUGGAUUGGUCUAACUGUGACUCAUACGGGUAUGUGUCUGUUCUAUCCCGACCCACCACGGUCCUGCUAUGUGGGUAUGGAUUUUAGCAGACUGCGAAUGUUGCUGAGACAUCAGGUGGUUUACACUCAGCUGUACUUUCUGGAUGUACUGAUUACUAAAAUUCUUGGCUGGACACGCUUGGGGAAUAAUCCAUUUUCAGGAAUAGCCGAUCUAGAGGAUGUUGGAGACGCCCCUGUCGUCGUCAAAUUGUUUGCAUCACCUUCGGGACGAACUUUUGUCUGUCUCUGGGCCAGUGGCUCCACGGCUCUCCGACUGUUUGUAUCCGAUCGUGCACCGGCUUCCUUGGACCACUUGGGAUCCAUUCAAUCACGUGCUUCGGCAAGAACCGACUCCUGUCGUUUGGCCAGUCAAGGAUUUCGAGAAGUGCAUCUUCGAAGCGUCCGGGGUGGGAUUCAUGAUGUCGCCCGAAUAGAAGCUGUUAUGACUUCUUUGCCGUAGCUACACAACCAGUCGAUUACUGUACAUAGUCCUUUGGUAUAUGUCACCUGUAAAUUCUCAGUUCUCUCUCCAGGUUUUCUAAAUACGUACUCAUAAUACCCUAGUUAGAUGCUUCUUACUUAUAGGUCUGCGGCGUAAAAUUGGUCCUAUUUGGUGAAAUUCAG